AUGGAGAGGGCAGGAUUGAGGUCUUUGACCUUCACACUGGUGAGCGCUUGGGCCCUGGGCACCAUGCCCAUUGUGGCCCCCAGAUGCAGCCUGCCUGUGCUGACCCUCCCAGCAGCUGAGCAUGGCUUGGGCGGCAUGGGGCAGCAGGCCGAGACCUCCAGCACAAGAGCCAAGAGGCUUCUGGCUGUUGCCUCGGAGAGCGCCAAGCGUGCCCGGGAUCCUUCACCUUUCUCCUUGAUGGGCAGUGGCCCUGUGCUCAAGGGUCUGAGGGGAGGGGAUGUGCCCUUGGGCCCGUGA